AUGCAUCAGUGUGGAUACUUUCACCGUGAUCUUAAGCCAGAAAAUCUAUUAGUCUCUAAAGAUGCCAUUAAAAUUGCUGAUCUCGGCCUGGCCCGGGAGAUUGCUUCGAGUCCACCUUAUACAGAGUAUGUCUCGACACGCUGGUAUAGGGCACCUGAAGUACUUCUACAGUCAUAUGUUUACACGUCAAAAGUUGAUAUGUGGGCAAUGGGCGCUAUUCUGGCUGAGCUGUUGUCUCUUCGCCCUCUUUUUCCUGGAGCUAGUGAAGCAGAUGAGAUCUAUAAAAUCUGCAGUGUGAUAGGUAGCUCAACUGAAGAGACAUGGGUGGAGGGGCUUAAUCUUGCUAGUGUCAUCAGUUACCAAUUCCCUCAGCUUCCCGGUGUACACCUUUCAAGCUUAAUGCCAUAUGCUAGUGCAGAGGCGGUUAACCUUGUUGAGCGGCUAUGCUCAUGGGAUCCCAACAACAGGCCGACUGCUGGAGAGGCUUUACAGCAUCCGUUCUUUCAGAGUUGUUAUUAUGUUCCACCAUCUCUCCGUGCCAAAACGUCUGCUGGGCAGAGAGGGUCUCUCGAGCAUUAG